AUGACCCUGUCUGAAUUGGUCAGGGCUGCCAAUGCUGCCGGUCUUUCGGAUGUCGUGCACAUUCACGAGCACAGAGGCGCACCUUCGGCUCUGACGAUAUCACAUCUUCCCCACGGCCCGACGAUCUUCUUCAGCUUACACAAUAAUCUCAUAUUCGAUGACUUCACCACCCCGCUUGGGCAGCGCGUGAAGCGCAUCCUGCAACACCUGUUUCCCCCUCGAGACGCACAUAUGAAGGCCGGCAACCGUACUAUCACAUCCAAGCGGCUACCGGAUGACAGCAUCGAAGUGAGACAUCAUAUCCAUGCUAGGACGGGAUUCGACCAACCGGAGUUAUCGGAGGUCGGCCCUCGCAUGACCAUGCGGGCAUUCCGCAUCAUGAACUCUACCUUGGAGACUCAGGAUGGAGACAUUGAGUGGCAGAUGACGCAUUACACCAGAACUUCAAGGAAGAAGACGGUGUUGUAA